CUAUCGACCCAUGCAGAUGCCUCCUCCAAAGGCUAGGAAGAACCAAACAUUAUUCCAUCAUUAGCAAAAAUGUCCAGUCAGCAAACCUUUCCUUCAGUUGACAUUAUUUGGCAGACUAAUGCCGACUUCUGGAUUCUUUGCCCUUAUUACAAAGAAAUUCAUCUUCAUACAUUUCUGUCACACGAAAGUGGGCUGUGCAUUCUGCAUUGUGACUUUGAGGGACCUUCCUAUCAAUACAACUUUCCUUUUGCGUACGAGGUUGGCAAUAUCAGAGCGCGGUUUGCCAAUGUCAAUACUGUUUCAUAUUCAGAGGAGGAUCCUGAUGAGACAGCAUCUUUAUCUAAUACAGUUUCCAACAUGGGCAUAUUGAACAUAAAAAUUGCUUCGACGAUUCCACGGAGACGGUCACUACUCAGAGAUGAAGUGCCAUUUGAGACGCGGCGCGUUCUACUUGCCUAAUCAAACUGUGUUACCGGCAAGAUAUACCAAGUGAAGCAUUAUCUGAAAACAUCAUCUGAAAGGUCAGACGGAG